AACCCACUCUAAAAAUGGCGCCGGGAGAAGAGGAGGCAGCGAGGUACGUCCCUAUCACCCUAACCCACGUCCUCUAUGAAGAAGGUAUCCCUCCACUGGACUCCUCUACAGCGUAUUCUCGUAUUCGUACCUGCAACCCUGCACAAUUUGGACGAAAGUCAGUCUCCCCGCUGGUCUAUAUAUUAUCUGCAGGGGAUGUGGUGGGGUUUGUGCUGGCCUGGUUCAGCAUCCUACCAGUCUUCAUCCUCGUGGGUCUCUGCACGCUCAUCCUAGUCCGCCGUGACCUGCAGACGAUGUUCUUUACGGGAGGGCUGGUUGCUAACGAAGGAGUCAAUUUCAUUCUCAAAAACCUCAUUCAAGAACCCAGACCAAUCAACGCCAUGAACCCACGACCACUGUUUGGAAAGUAUGGAAUGCCGUCGAGCCACGCCCAGUUUAUGGGAUGGUUUGCGACCUAUUUCUCUCUCUUCAUCUUCGUCAAAACGAUGCUGUCCGUAGGAUCCCUUGACUACGUAUGGAAGACAUUUUGUACGGGAGUGGCAGUCUGUUCGUCUGUCCUCUGCUGUGCCAGCAGGAUCUACUUGGGGUACCACAGUAUGGCACAGGUACUGUAUGGAGUUGUAUUGGGAGCAGGCGUUGCAGUACUUUGGUUCACUGUAGUGCAGGUUUUCUGCGAGCCGUACUUCUCCCAGAUAUACCAGUGGAAGAUAUCGGAGCUACUUCUGCUCAAGGACAUGUCCAGGAUCCCCAACUACAUGUGGUUUGAGUACACCUCAGUCCGACAGGAGACAAAGAAGAGGCUCAGAAGAAAAUCUAGUUGAUGAUUUUUGAUACUA